CUUUGCAGAGAAAGAAGCAAGGUUCAGUCUGAGCUCCUCCCACUGCUCACUCACACAAAUACCAAGCAGGCUGUUUUCCUCCAGGAGCAGAAAGCUGAGCCAGAGGGUGGAAGCAUGAGUCGUCGUGUGGCCGUGGUGGGAGCGGGGAGUUCGGGGCUGGUCUGCAUGAAAUGCUGCCUGGAUGAAGGGCUGGAGCCCGUCUGCUUCGAGAGCAGCGAUGACAUCGGCGGCCUCUGGAGGUUUAAGGAGAAUCCAGAGCCGGACCGGGCCAGCAUCUACCACUCUGUCAUCAUCAACACCUCCAAAGAGAUGAUGUGCUUCAGUGACUUUCCCAUCCCUGCACACUUCCCAAACUUCAUGCACAACUCCCUCAUUAUGGAAUACUUCCGGAUGUACGUCAACCAUUUCCAGCUCGCCAAACACAUCCGCUUUAACACCCGCGUCCUGAACAUAAAGAAGAGAUCCGACUUUUCGCGUUCUGGUCAGUGGGAUGUUGAAACGGAGAACAAGGAUGGCAAAAGGGAGAAACACAUUUUUGAUGCUGUAAUGAUCUGCAUUGGACAUCACUGCCAGCCUAACCUGCCCCUCCAUGAUUUCCCAGGCAUCGAGACUUUCAAGGGGAAGUAUUUCCACAGCAGAGACUACAAGACUCCAGAGGAAUGGAGAAAUAAGAAGGCAGUAGUGAUUGGAAUAGGAAACUCUGGGGGAGACCUCGCGGUUGAACUGAGCAGAGUCACCAAGCAGGUUUACCUGAGCACUCGAAGGGGAGCCUGGAUCCUGAAUAGAGUUGGAAACAGUGGGAUGCCCCUGGAUAUGCUCAUAAGCAGAACGAUGAACAUGAUGCGUAACAUCCUUCCCUCCAGUUUUAUCUGCUCUUUAGGGGAGAAGCAACUCAACAGCAGAUUCAACCAUUCUUUGUACAAUCUAAAGCCGAAGCACAGGUUAUUCAGUCAACAUCCUACUGUUAAUGAUGACCUUCCCAACCGCAUCCUGUCCGGAACGGUUCAAGUGAAACCCAACAUCCGCAGAUUUCAUGACUCCAGCGUUGAGUUUGAUGAUGGAAGCGUAGUGGAUGAUGUUGACCUUGUGGUGUUUGCAACAGGCUACACGUUUUCUUUCCCUUUCCUGGCUUCUAAUGUGGUCCCAGUCAAUGAGAACAAAGCAUCUCUCUACAAGUACGUGUUUCCUCCUGAGCUGGAACGCUCCACCCUAGCUAUCAUUGGUCUGGUGCAGCCAUUGGGAGCCAUCAUGCCCAUUAGUGAGAUGCAGGCCCGAUGGGCCACAAGAGUCUUUAAAGGCUGCAUAAAACUUCCUACAUCAGCUACCAUGCAACGAGAUAUCAAGUCAAAGAAGGAAGACAUGGCUAAAAGGUAUGUCCGCAGUCAGAGACACACCAUCCAGGUUGACUACAUCAACUACAUGGAUGAGAUUGCAGAUCAGGUUGGAGUCCGACCCAGAAUCUCCAGGCUGCUGCUGACGGAUCCAAGACUGGGGCUGAACCUGCUGUUCGGCCCCUGCACCCCGUAUCAGUACCGACUUAGGGGUCCUGGAAAGUGGGCUGGAGCCCGCCAGGCUAUCUUAACUCAAUGGGAGAGAGUCGCUCAGCCCAUGCAGACAAGGCCAUGCAACGAGCCCGAGCCUCAGAGGUGGCGGAUGUGGCCCCUGCUGCUGUCCUCCGCUGCGCUGGGAUUGGCUGCCUUCUGCCACAGGAGCAGCCUUUUGGCCAUCCUGCAGGAUCCUGCUGCUCUGCUGGAAAAGAUGAAAUCCUUCCUGCCAACAUACUGAUGCUAAUAUCAUUGCUUUUGACCUAUAAUUUGUUUAAACCCAAGUGCUUCUUUUCAAACUGUUAUAUUAAACUUUGAUUCAGCAGUUAUUUCGUUCGCAUUUAUGACCAAACUGCAAACCUAUGUGCACCUUUCCCCUCCUGUAGUCCUUGGUUUGUGUAAUUUGAAGGAUCUGAUCUCAAGUCACUGCUUCAAAGGAUUUUGAUAAGCUAUGUUAGUCUUUAAAGCAUCCAAACAUUAAUAUCUAACCAUUAAAUCCCUAAAUGUGUCCCAUUAUAAAGUUUAUAUAGUGGUUCUUAAUCUCUGAAAACAUGUUUUGCAAUCAUGUAUGUGCUAUAACUAAUAAAGUCUGUGUUUUAAUUUUUA